AUGGCAUUUCCAUUUGAUUCUUCUCACUUAUUGGCACUCUUAAGGACUUCAUACCUAGUUAUUGAAAACUCCGAUGAACACUCCAGCGGUAUAAUUAAACCGAUCGAAAUUCAUAAUGAUUCGAAUAUCAUAACGAGAGUACCCAACAUUGGACUAGGAGAUUCGCCUCCAAUUGCUUUCCAGGUAGCCAGGCACAUUCAGAAAUCAUUACAAAAUCACGAUCAAAUCAAUGGCCUGACAGGAUCAGGCAGAACAGCUUCCAGGGUCAAGCGGCGUGAACGCAAGAAAAGGGUGCAUCCUGAGAAGAAAUACCAGAGAACGCCUAGCACGGAAAUUCAAGAAGAGCGGGCAGUGACUGAAAUUGAAGAGUCACCUGUCAAAGACUACGAUUUUGACAACUCUAGAGGGGACAGCUUAGACUACGAAGAGGCUGUUGAUCCAAACACGAUUGUGGAUUCUCUUGAGGAUGAGCCCAUGCAGAGCGAGCUCUCUUAUAGUACUACUAUAAGAGGUAAAUCUAAAAGCAAAUACACCCCCGGAAUUGCGAGAUUCUUUCAGUCGAAAGGCAAGGAGGUAGAAGCUGAGUCCGACAAUGAUAGUGAGAGUGAUGGAUCAAUUAAAACCCUGACAUUCAAACCCAUGGAUAAGAGUUUGGAAUUGAUAGAAGAGGAAAUUAAUAAUGAUGAUACUGAAGAUGGUGAUAUAACCGAAACUGAGGAAAAAAGGCGGUCAAGGAGGAGAUCCAAGCAUCCAAUAGAUAAUAGCGAUAUGAUAACAAUUGAUAGCGAUUUUGGAGUACCAGUUGAUGCUAAUGGACAAGUUGUCCAUAACUGGGACGAAAACAACAUUGCUAGUACUACUACAGAACCAGACACCCAACAAAAAAAGGAUGCUUUUGUGGAUGAAGAGGAUCAAGAAUUCGAUGAAGAAGAUGAAGAGGAUGAUGCCAGUGACGACUAUGAAUACGAAUAUUUUGAUGCAUCAUCGACAGACUCUGCAUUUACCGAUAUUGAAACGGACUCCAUUCUUGACUCCUCCAUCCUUUUGAACUCGUACGAUGCAAGCACUUCCAAUUCAUACUCAUUCAAUAAUCCCACGAGUGCUAGCUCGUUUAAGGUUGACAAGAGGAACCGGAAGAAGAGAAGAGAUGGUUCGUUUGACCACCCGAGUCUUAAGACAACGGCAACAUCUAAUAUCAAGGCUGUAUCUUCACAGGCGUCAAUGUACAAUAAAGCUCAAAGCCCAAGUUUUAUUAAAACUUUAUCAUCCUAUAAGAAGCCAUCGUUGACUUUUGAAAAACAUGAGAUAAACAAUUCUUCUAUGGCUCCUUCCAAAUUAAGCUCAAUGAUUCAAUCAAGGUUCAAAUCGAUAAACAUUAAUCCUCUAGCCUACUAUACCUUUGCUGAAUCAACUGGAUUGACUGAAGUAGCAGGACAAGUCAGGCUAAGCGUUUUUCUUCCUCCAAGUAGUAAACCGACCCUAAAUGAUCUCAAAGUGAAUAAAAAUGUGGUCAUAGUUGAUUGCAUCGGGCUUAUAUUGUCAACUCUUUCUAAAUUACCUGAGUUUAAGGACUCUGUGCAAGACAGUUCAUUUUUAAACCCCAAUCACUGGAGAUUAGAACUAGUUGAUGAAGAUGGUGAAAACUAUGGUUCAUUCGGUAUCCUCGACAGAUCAAGAGACUUGGCGUCAUACAACAAUCCAAAAGGUGUUGCAUUAUGUAAGGUUACAAACUUGGAAGAAAUCAAUAAAAAUGACAUACAAACCCCACUACCUGUUGAAGUCAAACUGAAUUUACUUGCCUAUCAACGCAAACAAGAGAACCUCAAUGGAAGUAUGGAAGAAACUGACUAUAAUGAGGCAAAUUCCGAUCAUGGAAGUAGGAUUGAGUUGAAAAUCUUGAAUUAUCCGUUGAAUCUGAGUCUGACAGAAAAUUUUACGUUCAAUGUUUCUUCAGUUUCAACUAUAGGACAAGUUUUAAAAGAAUUUUGCGCUACUCAAGGGUUACCGAUGAAGUAUAGAUUUAAAGAGGCUAUCGAAAUUUCAAAAUCGCUGAUGCUUCAACCAGGAAACAACAUGAAGGAAGGAAACCUUCUUCCUCUCACAAGUAGAAUUGGUGAUUUAACCCAGUUUUCCGUGAUCCUAGUUCCUUCUAACAUCCCAUUCACGGAUUUCCAAGAAAGCUCAAAUCUGAUGACAAUGCACAAUAUAACUCCAUCCGAAUCAACGUUCCUGAAUAUAACACCAGAUAAAAAGCAUUUGGAAGACAAGUUUGACCUGUUAAGUCUCAGAAAGCGCUCAUUGGUGGGGCCAGCUAAUGCAGUGCAACAUUUCGGAACAUCUAAACUAAAACUGGGGGCAUCCAACCCUAUUGUGUCCACGAGGUCACAAACUAAUUCUGAUAAAUAUCUUGACGAUAUUAUGACUGGAAGAAACCCUGGUUUACCCACCAAUCUCAAUACCAUAUACUACAAGUGGAAGGUAUACAGAAAGAAGACUACCAUUCUUAAUAAAAUUGAGAAGUCAUUGGUGUUAGAUGGUGAUUAUAUACACUUAACUCCUUCAGAUGAUAUUGUCUUCAAGAAGAAUCCAGGCGAGAACCCUUUCAUCAACCAAAGCGAGGGUAAUUCGAACAAUCACAGUCAUCAUCAUCAUCAUAUCCAUUACUACAACUACAACAACUACUAUAAGGAGCUGAUGAUGAAAACAUCUUCCUUUCACAUUACUCAAAUAGUGAAAAUGAAACAGUACAAAAACUCGAAGAACCCUAAUCAUUUCAAGAUUGUUAUUCAGAAGAACCUGGACAAUGCGAAAGAGCCAAUCAAGAAGAAGUAUGACUUGGAAGCUGUCAGUGUAGCGGACUGUGAAGAGAUAAUAGAAAAGUUGAAGUGGGUGAUUCAGGUCUACUCAAUGAUUUAA